AUCUCUCAUCGCAAAGCUCUACCACAUGUGAUAUAUUGUCGCGUGUAUCGCUGGCCUGACCUUCAGUCUCAUCAUGAGCUUAAAGCCAUUGACGAUUGUCGGUAUUGCUAUGAAUCUGGACAGAAGGAUAUCUGCAUAAAUCCGUAUCAUUACGAACGAGUCGAAAGUGCCGGAAUACUACCGCCAGUGCUUGUGCCACGCUACACCGAACCGUCACCCAAUGUCAUACCACGAAUGCUUCGUAUGUCAUCACUUCUCUACGAUACCAACUCACAAUCGUCCCAGUCAACCAUGCCACUGAAUAUUGAUUGCAGUAAUAUUAAUAAUUUUAUCAUCAAUCAUAACGUUCAAAAGCAAGAGAAUGAUGAACAAAUGAGUGCAAAUAAUAAUGUCACCGACUUGGCUGCAGCUGCCCCUCUCAAUACUCUGCCACAAAAUAUACCAACUUAUGAGGUGGGAUAUCAAGAAGGUAAAUAUUGGGCAACAAUAAGUUACUUCGAAUUGAACACUCGGGUCGGUGAGCAGUUCAAGGUAUCGUCACCCACAGUGCAGAUCGACGGAUUCACUGAUCCGACGUCUAAUCCGAACAAAAUAUGUCUCGGUCUGCUGUCGAAUGUUAAUCGUAAUCAGCAAAUCGAAUCUACUCGUAGACAUAUUGGCAAAGGUGUGAAAUUGACCUAUGUACCGCAUCAGGGGACGCUCUUCGCAGAAUGUCAAAGUGAAAGUGCCAUCUUUAUACAAUCGCGCAAUUGCAACUAUUUUCAUAAUUUUCAUCCGACAACCGUUUGUAAAAUAACGAAUGGAAUAUCGCUGAAAAUUUUCGAUAUGUCGAAAUUCAGAGAGUUACUGGCUGAAUCGGCUCAGUAUCGUUCGUUUGACGCAAGCUAUGAACUGACGAAGAUGACGAUCAUUCGGAUGUCGUUCGUAAAAGGUUGGGGUUCUGAAUAUCAACGACAAGAUAUCACAUCGACGCCGUGCUGGAUUGAAAUUCAUUUACAUACUCCGUUAUCGACGUAUGUUUUCGGUGAGAAAUAUGAUGAAUAUAGCAGAACACUAAGUAUUCAAUUUCAGUGGCUCGAUGAAACCUUGUUACGAAUGGGCCCUCCGCCGAAUCCAAUCUCGUCAAUAUCGUAA